UCAUCGCAUCGCAUCGCAUUGCUUUCUUCCUCGCCCGAGCAUCUUGUACAUCAGCCGCGGUGCAUGAGUUGCUGAUCAUGUUGUGAUCUUAUGAGGUCCCAAUUGGCAGAACGAACAAACCAUCACGAUUUGUCCUCGAUGUUGCCAGUUUUCAUGGCUCACUCUGCGUUAUGGAGGUUUUCUAUGCAAUGCUCACGGGCCUGGAUAUCUACAUAUCAUGUACAAAUCUGGGGUCCUAGAAUACUGGCCAUAACCACAAAAUAUCCAUCCAUGGAUCUCUGUAUCACUAGGGUUGUCUUCGUGAAGUGUCAACAGAGCCCUGUCGCUGGAGCGCUCUCCGAUGGCGCAACAGGAACAACCUCGGCUAAUAAUUGGUUCCAGACAGGCAAUAUUGCGACCCUUGCCCUACGGUGGCAUACAGACCACUACCGUGCCAUGUAUGCUCCUGAAAUAGUGCUGUUGCGAACCGCCUACAUAUCAAAACUGUUUCCAAGAACUAGCCACCGAUACAUCGAUCCGGAAAUAGCAAGGAAAAAGUUGAGAAUUCAAACAAUAGACUAGAACGCACUGCCCAAGCAAGUUUCAUAAAAACAAUUCCCAAGAACUU